AUGCUCCUGCGGAAACUGUCACCACUUCUCAGAAUUUUAUUUCUGGUGCUGAGCUCCACAACUCUGGGCAACUCACAAGAAACUGAAGAAACAAUGAAGUACACUGCAUCUUGCGAGAUCAAUGCUGCGCGUGAGGCAGCUGGGCUGGACGACUUCAAAGAUGCAGAAGACCAAGAUAAAUUGAGUGAUCCGGAGCCAGCAGAGGAAGAACUAGGUGAAAUGUGGAAAAGGCUCUGCGAGUAUUUGAUCCCACAAACGGGAACCACAACGAAGACAAGCUCAGCGAACCCCUUUGAAAAGGGAAGGUAUGCUUUCAAGUCACUAACUGCCGAGCAACCCACCUGCAAGGAAUCAGUUGAUUACUGGAAGGCAGCCUACAAAAACUUUACUGGACUGCCGCCAUCAAAGAAUGAUGCUGAAACACUGUACGAUGAUCAAGAUAAAGUUUCGUUCGUAGCUCUGUACAGCCCUUCAUCUAAUGCCAUUGCAGACUGCCGAGUCGUCACUUGCACUCAAACGAAUACCUCUACUGCAACGCCAGGAGCUCUAAUGGCAACAGCGGAGGGGGGCACCGACACUACAAAAAACGGCUACGCCCUGCUUUGCAAGACGAUGCCUACUGCUUUUGCAAGCGACGCCUCCGCUCCAUUCACGCAGGAGCAGUGGGACAGGAUCAUCUCUUCGCUCUCAGGUUUCGGGUCAACAGCAGCUCCAAGCCUGGCUGCUCUUGCCAUUCUCACUUUCGGCGUUAUGAUUUUAUAA